GCGGUUGCGGCGGACUUCGGUAUGCACACUGUUUUGAGUUGAUGCCUUCUCGCCGAGUAACGCGAUGCGUCUCCGACCAUAUAAUCUUCAGAUUCAGUUCAACGGUAUAGCUAGCGUGUAAGGUAGCGAAUUUCGGAAAAGUUGUUGUCGCUUCUGACGAGUCCCUUGAAGCUCCGUCAAGUAAUUUAACGGUGUUGUGUUCGCCAGGUGUUGCCAGGUGUUACCAGGUGAGUGCGCGAGUGUCCGCAUCGCGUUACCUUCCCGCAGGGUGAACACAAACGCAGUAGUGAAACGUGGUGUCUCGCACAAACGUUUAUGGAAAUUAUAAGACUUUUUACGCAAAUCCUGACGAAAAUAUCUCGCGCGAGUUUAAACUACUAACGUGAAUGAAGUCUGAUCGUAAUAUUGUCGAGGUCCCAUCGAUCGCGUUAAUUGGCGGCGAUCAAGAGCUGCCGAGUGAAGACGGUGAAGUUAGCUUCGAAAGUGAAUGAAAGAGACUGGAAAGAGGAAGCACGGACCGGUCGAUCCCGAUCAAUAGAUCCUUUUCAUCUCGGUGUUCUUGCAGAUUCUCGCGUGCAAAGGAACCGACAAGAAUGUGUUCGUCAUAGCGCGACGUGAGCGGUCGUGAGGCAUGUUUUUUUUGAAAAAAAAGAAGAUGCCAAGUUGACUUUGAGAAAGGACGCGGCAGAAACGGAUGGAAAUCUCAUGCAUGGUGCAGCAUGAUUUUUGCGUCAUUUCGAUCGUUUGUUGCAACCGCGUCUUCUGCACGUUACUUCGCAUCUUUCCUCGAAUGCAGAAAGUGAGAGAACGUGGCCAAAGUACCUUCGACGAGAUAGACACAUCGGACAAAAAAGUGGUGGAGAAGUGGAGAAGAGCGAAGGCAAACAGUGGAAUAUGAAUAUCUCAAGUUUCUCGGAAUGCGAGUCGCGAGUGUACGCGAGAUGAAGACGCGCCGCAGAUCGCUGCGUUCGGCGUAGAGUUCGUGUGCUUCCAUAACUUCUUUUACGCACGGCGGCUGCGAGCGCAAAGGAGCAAACAGAGAAGAGAGGAGAGAGAAGGAGGAGAAGGGAGAGGUCAACGUCGCGCAACGGCGAGGUGAGAGGAUGGAGCAGCGGCUGGCGGCGGCCUCCGCGAGGACGCGCAGCCUCCUCGCCGGUGUUUGCCUCAUCUGUAUCAUCGGUAGCAUUCACGCUACUGAACCACUUCAGGAGCCGCGCUUCACCAAUCAGCCAUCGAGCAGCGGCAAUAUACUUAGCGAGAAUCGCACCAAGUUUCUGCAAUGCCAAGCGAGAGGCAAUCCACAACCAAAGUACAAAUGGUUCAAAGACGGCGUGCCCCUCCGCAACGGGGAGCUCACUACAGGGCCUUAUUACCGCAUUCAGAGCACACGGCGGGAGGACGCCGGUGUGUAUCACUGCGUCGCGACAAACGACGUGGGUUCCAUAUUCAGCGAUCGUCUCACCUUCGCCGUAGCUUACAUGGGGACGUUCGACGAUCUCACGGAAAAGGUCGUGGCUGUCGAAUCGGGCAGUGCCGCGAUUCUGGAACUACCCCCGAUUGAAAGCCAUCCCAUUCCCGAGGUGACGUGGUUCUCCGCCGACGGGACGCCCCUGUACGGUAUAAAAUACGCCACGACGCAUCACACACUGUUCAUAUUAAACGCCUCGGAGAACGACGAGGACUCCUACAGAGCGAAAGCCAUCAACACUCAACUGGGCAAAGAGGAGAACAGUCCGUUCUUCAAGCUACGGGUCACUGGCGAUCCGAACGCGGAAGUAGCGCCCACUAUAAUCGUCAAGCCAGAGGACACGCAAAUAAUCAAAGAUCAAGACGUCACGUAUAUAAAUUGCAUUGCAAAUGCCAGAUCGCUUCACGAGCUAAGGACCUUGUGGAUGAAGGACGGUAUUCCGAUCGAGAAUUCCAGGAUAUCGUACAGCUUCAACGAUUCGUGGAACAGGACGCUCGCACUGAUCUCAGCCAAUAUAACUUACACGGGAAUUUAUUCCUGCCACGUGGAUCUGAGAAGCGGCGGUUAUCCGACGGUGAAUGCAAGCGCCAAGGUCGUCGUUUAUGAAAAACCGACGUUCAUAACGGAGCUAAAGAGGGAAACUCUGAGCGAUUACGGAUCUACAGUAACGUUACCCUGCGAUGCUAACGGCGUGCCGCCUCCUACAAUCAGUUGGUUCCGUAAUGCCGAGUCCGUUGAUUAUUUACUGGGAACCAGAUACACCUUGGAAGAGGACGGUUCGCUGACGAUCAAGAAAUUGACUAUGGACGAUUCGGGGAUGUUUCAGUGCCUCGCGUCUAACGACGCUGGUGAAUCGUCCAGUUAUACAUGGCUGAAGGCGAAAACGUCUGCGCCCGUAAUGGAAACCGGUCCUCAGAAUUUAACGGUGCUGGAUGGCAAAGACGCGACUCUCAACUGCAAGGCCAUAGCAGCGCCCAAGCCAAACACCACCUGGUAUUACAAUGAUACGAUACCUGUGGAAAUCGCCGGGAGAGUGCAAGUCUUGGAUAACGGCGAUCUUCUGAUCGCGGCGGUGAAGCCGGGCGACGCGGGAAAAUAUACUUGUAUCCGUGCGAACGAGGCCGGCUCCGUCAACGGAUCGGCAUUCUUGACCGUUAUGGUUCGGACGCAAAUAAUCCAACCACCUGUUGAUACGUGCGUGCUCCUCGGACACACUGCCGAGUUGCAGUGCAAGAUCUCAAACGAUCCCAGCGUUGUGUACGAUAUGGCGUGGUUUCACAACACACAAGUGAUAAACACACAAGCGAGUCAAAGAGUGAAGAUGCGGUCGGACGGUACUCUCGAAAUCGUCGCCGUUCGAGCUUCUGACGUAGGCGAAUACACGUGUUCCGUGGUGUCGCCGGGUGGCAAUGAGACGCGAUCGGCUCGUUUAAGCGUGAUUGAGUUGCCGUUCGCGCCGAUUAACGUCAUGGCCACUCGAGUCGAGCGGAUCUCACCGCGUACGAUCAACGUCACGUGGGUGCCCGGCUUCGACGGAAACAGUCCCACGAAGAAAUUCAUAAUUGAGAGACUAGAAGUGUCUGAUUUAGGACCGAUACCUGAUCCACUAAACUGGGUCACCGAACUCGACAACGUGUCCGUGGCGAGCCGAUGGGUAUUGCUGAAUAAUUUGAAAGCCGCGGCAGCUUAUCAGUUUCGCGUCAGAGCGGAAAACAGCGUCGGCAAAGGUCCGUCAUCAGCGCCCAGCAACAUCGUCGUUCUACCCCAAGAACGACCCAGUGGCCCUCCGGGUGGCUUCAUCGGCUCGGCGCGUUCAUCGUCAGAAAUAAUAACGCAGUGGCAGCCUCCGCCGGAAGAAUUCCGAAACGGCCAUAUCUUGGGAUACGUUUUGAGGUACAAACUGCACGGAUACUACGGUAGCCCGUGGACGACGCAGAAUAUCACCAACGAGGCACAAAGAAAUUAUCUCAUCACCGACUUGAUCACGUGGAAGGAUUAUGAAGUGCAGAUUGCAGCUUACAACGACAAGGGCGUGGGCGUGUUCACCGAUCCGCCAUUGAAGAUAAAAACUAAGGAAGGAGUUCCGGAAGCGCCGCCCACGAAUGUGAGAGCGGAAGCGGUUAAUUCGACGGCGGUGAAAGUAUGGUGGAAGCCGCCGAAUCCUCAAAAGAUCAAUGGGAUAAAUCAGGGAUACAAGUUGCAAGCUUGGAUCGACGACAAUUCUACAGAAGCGAUCGAGUACAAAUCCAUGACUGUGCCGCCGAAUUUAUUCGAUCCGCUCGCCGAGCAGGUCGCCAUUAUGACGGGUUUAAGAAAGUACACCCCGUACAAUAUCACAGUGCUCUGCUUCACUGAUCCGGGCGACGGUGAAAGAAGCUCGUUCGUCGAGGUUCGCACUCGCGAGGACGUGCCGGAUGAAGUGGAAAAUCUGCAAUUUGAAGACAUCAGCGACCGCGCGUUGACAAUUAAGUGGCAUCCUCCGAAAGAGAUCAACGGAAUAUUAACGCAUUACCAGCUGAAGUACAAGAUCAAAGAUAUGCCGGAGUCUUUGCGCGUCGAAAACUUCACGGCCAAAGUGUUGUCGACCAAAGUGGAGCAUUUGCAGGCACUGACCCACUACAAGUUUGACGUCACCGCUUGGACGUCGGUUGGAUCUAGCAAACCGAAGACAGCGACCAUACAAUCGGGCGUAGAACCAGUGCUGCCGGAACCGCCCACGAAACUCGCCUUGUCCAACAUAGAUGCGUUCUCCGUUGUGCUGCAGUUCACACCAGGCUUUGACGGUAACUCGUCCAUCACGAAGUGGACAGUGCAGGCGCAAACUCCGCGAAAUUCGACGUGGUACAUUAUUUACGAGGUGUCCGAUCCGGAUGCCAGUACCGUCAGUGUCGACGACCUGAUCCCCUUCAUGCAGUACAAGCUUCGUUUGAUCGCGAACAACGUCGUCGGUGCCUCGCAGCCCUCCGAGCCGACCAAGGAAUUUCAAACGAUCCAGGCGCCGCCCUCUCACCCUCCGAAAAACGUCACCGUUCGCGCGAUGAACGCCACCGAGCUGCGCGUUAGAUGGAUCCCGUUGCAGCAGAUAGAAUGGUACGGAAAUCCACGCGGAUACAAUGUCACGUACACGGAAGUGCGAUCAAACGUCUCGAAGAGCAUCACCAUCGAGGAUCCCACCGCAAACUCGUACAUCCUGGAGAAUAUGGAGGAGUAUGCGGAUUACGAGAUAGUGAUGCAAGCGUACAACGACGUCGGUUCUUCGACGGCGAGCCCGAAGGCCGUUGAACGAACGCGCGAAUCAGUUCCUUCUCAAGGACCAAUCAAUGUGGAGGCAAACGCGACGUCCUCCACGACCAUCCUGGUUCGAUGGGGCGACGUGCCUGUGGAACAUCAGAACGGACAGAUCGAGGGUUUCAAAGUCUAUUAUGGCGCAAAUUCCAGAUCGCCCUUCCAAUAUAAAAAUAUUCCCAGCAAUACUACUUUUACAACCACACUGACGGAACUUCGCAAAUUCGUUCAAUAUCACGUGCAGGUCUUGGCUUACACGAGACUCGGUGACGGGGCGCUGAGUGUCCCACCUGUUAGAGUCCAAACUUUCGAAGACGCUCCUGGUCCGCCGUCUAACGUAUCCUUUCCCGAUGUCAGCCUCACGACAGCGCGCAUUAUCUGGGACACUCCGGAGGAUCCUAACGGAGAAAUUCUCGCGUACAAGGUCGUGUUUCACUUGAACAGCAGCCAUGAUCGCCAAUUUUCGAAAGAAUUCCCAGCAUCGGACAGAACAUUCAGAGCCACCGGACUCGAGUCUGAGAGAUAUUACAUGUUUUCUGUGACGGCGCAAACGAGACUGGGCUGGGGCAAGACAGCUUACGCGCUGGUGUUCACCACGAACAAUAGAGAACGUCCGCAAGCGCCAUCGAUGCCACAAGUGAGCAAGUCGCAGAUUCAAAGUCGCCAGAUAACGUUCAGCUGGACGCCGGGCAGAGACGGCUUCGCGCCAUUGAGAUAUUACACGGUGCAACAGUCGGAGAAUUCCGGACCCUUCCAAAUCAUUCCCGAAAGAGUGGAGCCCAUUCUGACGUCCUACACGGCCGACAACUUGAAACCCUACACGUUUUAUCAGUUUCGCAUUCAGGCCACCAAUGACAUAGGCCCUUCGGAAUGGAGCGCGGAGUCCGCGCAAGUGCAAACUCUGCCCGCAGCGCCGUCGAAGGGUGUCACCGGUUUGAAAGUUGUACCCAUCACGACAUCUAGCGUCGAGGUUCAUUGGAACAUGAUCAACGAGGUGCAUUGGAGCGGCGACUACGAAACAGGUGGUUAUCGUAUCGUUUAUCAGCCCGUGUCGGACUUCCCGAUACCGCUUGAAGCAACGCCGAAAGAAGACAUUUUAGGAAUUAAGGAAACCAAAAUGGUUUUGAGCGACUUGACGGAGGAUCGAUAUUACGAAAUCGUAGUUCUACCGUUUAACUCAGAAGGCGAGGGCCCGCCGAGUCCGCCGGUCACCGUGUAUGUAGGUGAGGCAGUUCCUACGGGAGAGCCGCAGCACUUAAAGGCUGAGCCCAUCUCUUCCACUGAGGUCCAAUUGCGUUGGAAACCGCCGCAAGUUAACAUGCAAAAUGGUGACUUGCUAGGAUAUAAGAUUUUUUACUUGGUGACCGAUUCCCCUCAAGCUGUGGAAAAGAAACUGGAAGAAGAGAUAGAAGUUGUUCCAGCGUCUUAUUUGGCACACAGUUUAGUCUUCCUUGACAAGUACACGGAAUAUCGUAUACAAGUUUUGGCGUUUAAUCCAGCUGGAGAUGGUCCGCGAUCUCCGCCAAUUACCGUGAGAACGAAACAGGAUAUACCAGGACCGCCGUAUAAUUUGCAGUUCACUGAAAUUACUAUGACCAGCCUGCGGGUUUCUUGGGAGCCGCCGAAGUUACGCAACGGCGAGAUAAUCGGUUACAUCGUCACUUACGAGACGGCGGAGCAAAACGAACGUUUCAGUAAACAAGUCAAACAGAAGGUAACGGAAACGAGUCUCCUCAUCCAGCCGUUGGAGGAAGAGGUGACGUACACCUUCAUGAUUCGCGCGCAGACGAUCGACUUCGGGCCGCCGGUAUCCGGCAACGUUACGACCGGCCCGCAGGACGGUUCGCCGAUCGCACCCAGCAAUCUCGCAGUGACCAAGACCGACUCCAGUAUGGCAUUAGAAUGGAUCAAUGGAGCCUCCGGCAAGGGUCCCAUACUCGGCUAUUACAUCGAGAGCCAUCGCAAAGACGAUUCGCGCUGGCAAACGAUAGUUCGUAGUAACAACGGACCUCUGACGGAGUAUGCUGUGUCUUAUCAAAAUUUACUGCCAUCCACGUCGUACCUAUUUAGGGUGAUAUCGUACAAUCGCUACGGAAUCAGUUAUCCAGCGUAUUCCAGCGAAACGGUUAUGACGCCGUCAAAACUGCACAUAGAAUACGCAUACCUGCAACUUAGGCCAUUUUACAGACAGACCUGGUUUAUGGUAACUUUAGCCGCUACAUCAAUUGUAAUUAUCAUCAUGAUUAUAGCAGUGCUGUGCGUGAAGAGUAAAAGCUACAAGUACAAACAAGAGGCGCAGAAAACUCUGGAGGAGUCGAUGGCGAUGGACGCGGACGAUCGACAGGAAUCGGACUUGGAGCUGUACAGGUCGCGUCAGGGCGCAGGCGGCACUCUCAACGCGGCGAGCGGCACUUUGGGCAAGAGAAGCACACUGUCCCGGAAAGCCAUGCAUCCUCCGCCGCCCGCGAUGCUCGGCAAAUCGCCGCCCAGGCCGUCUCCUGCGUCAGUUGCCUAUCACAGCGACGAGGAGAGUCUGAAGGGAUACGACGAGAAUCCUGACGACAGCAGCGUCACGGAGAAGCCUUCCGAGAUCAGUUCCACCGAUUCCCAGGGUUCCGAGAGCGAGAAUGAGAGUGUGCAGUCCGACCCACAUUCCUUCGUGAAUCACUACGCGAACGUGAACGACUCGCUGCGGCAGUCGUGGAAACGUCAGAAGCCCGUCCGGAAUUAUUCGUCGUACACGGAUUCCGAGCCGGAAGGCAGCGCGGUCGUUAGCUUAAACGGCGGUCAGAUCAUUAUGAACAAUAUGGCCAGAUCGAGAGCGCCGUUGCCCGGUUUUUCGUCUUUUGUAUAAUUAUUAAGGAAAUUCUCAAGACUAUUCCGAGGCGCGAGGAGCGUCUCGCUUAUUUUAUCGAAAUCAAAAUUCAACCGUCUCGACGAUCUCGCUUCAAGCGAAGUCUUUUUAUAUACAUAUAUAGAGCGAAAGACUUACGUCCAAAGCACGUGUGCGUUUCACGUGCUGGCGGCAUAGACUUAUAGCAAACUUAUAGUAAACUAUAGAAAGCUUGAGGCAUCUUCGUAUUGUGAUAUAUUGAUAUACAUAUAUAUAUAUAUAUUAUUUAUAAUUUUCGAUAAGACACUUUGCAUUUAAUAGAUACUUUUGUACUUUCUCUGAUUAGAUUAAGGACCAUAUGUAGGUAUUAUACGGAUCUCGUACGUACAUUGCGUCAAUCUCGUACUUGCAGAAGAGCACGAAUCUGAAAUUUUCUUAGCAUAAAUCUGUCCAGGUCCAUCUAGAUUAUAUGGGCAUAAACAAAUUUUAACAACAUAGAAUAUAUCAAAACUUUCCAACAAUUUCAGAAUUCCAUUCUGCUUUUCGCAAGUGCGUAGUUACAUGAAUAAUUCAGUCAUAAGGACUCUUACAUUAUAUCCAUCUUCCUGAUAUAACGUUCGAAAGAUACUUCUCACGAAUAUGUACGAUUUAUCGCACGUUUGCAAUAUCGCGGAGGUUUCCGGGAGAAAUGAGAUUCGCGCUUGACGUUCCGACCUGUGGGCCUGUCAUAUCAAUUUAUCGACCCACUGAGAACGUGAAUUGGAAAUCGCGAAUUCCAAAACGUCUUGUAUAAAUCUAAUCUGACGCUGAUGUACAUUUGCACUACAUCAGGCGCGUGUAAAUAAUUGUACAUUUUGCCGUAAGAAUAUAGAUUUUGUAUAAUGCUGUUAUUUAGCAACCUAUACCUAAUUAUAUAUUCGCGUCUUGUGAUAUAUAGUAAAAGUUCCAUACUCGCGACACUUGUGCCGUAAACUGUUGCGAGACGCAUCUUUUCCGUCGUCGUUUUAAAAAUGAAUCACAGCCAACUCACUGGGCUACUCAAAGUGAAAGCGUUAAAAAAAAAUCACUUCUAUGCUUAUUGCUAUGACACUUUUCUUAAACUCGUGAAUGAGAUGGUUGCAGAUACUAUGGCGAAUAUGGAGCUUCUACUGUACAUACAUGUAUACAUAUGUGUACGUAUGUGUGCAUAUGUAUGAUAAAUAGCAAUUGCUGAUUGUGAGGCACAGUAUUCGUAUUCUUCUCAUACAUUCUCAUUUUAUCACAACGUACGUCCAAAGCCGGAUAUCGAAUUACGAUAAAUUGCAUAGUGCAGCAUUUAUUGUAACUAUGCGAAUAAUGAAAUUUGCGUAAGUGACGAAAAAAGAGAGAAGCCUAAAUAAAUACAAGUAGGAUCAUUAUUGUUUCAUACUUGAUAGUAUCAUUCAUUUUAUAGACGCAAGACUCGCUGUAAGCAUUUAGAUAAUAAUUUUAUCACUUUUUUUUUAAACAAAAGUUUUACGAACCUCUCGCCCGACGCGACGAGUCUUUCUCCAUGAAGCAUCUUCAGGGAUACUUGAAUAUUUUUGCGAACACUGCCAGCGAACUUUUAGUGCAAAUUCAAACUUAUUUAUACAUUUCCAUUACAUUUAAAAAUCAGCUGUAACGUCUAAUAGCAUAAGAUAUAAAAGACCUGUUAAUCUUGAAAUAAAAGUUAUACCGUUUUGAGAGUUUCUCAGUAA